AUGCUGCCGGCAAUCUGUGACCUGCUUGAGAGCACCGUCCGAACGUUUGGUAUGCGUGCUUUCAUUUAUCACGAUCCCAUUGCCACAGAAUGCUUCAGUCGUGGCUUCUCAUCAGCGAUGUCUGGGAUGGAGGCUUGGAGCCCACAGCUCACUAACGGCUCUCAAAACGGAGAUCCCCUGGUCCAUCUCUUUACGAAGCGGGUGAUUGGUGAUUUCACGAGAGUUCCGGAGGGCUCUAGAAAGCCGCUGAACUACAAGGAUGCGGUGUCAAAACACCAAGUUUGUGGGGCAUAUCUCCACCUCAAGGCUGAGCUGCAAUCUCGUUGCCCUGAGAAGGAAUGGAAGGCAGUUGUAGAUGAGAUUGAUGAAGCUUUCUUCCAGCAGUACUUGGACGUCGACCUCCAGAUGGUCCUUCAGCAAUACAUUCCCCCUGGAGAUGUGAAUGCCAUCGGAGCCUUCAGGCUGGAUCGUUUUAUAUUGGGUUUUGCAAUGACUGAGCACCUUUUCCAACAACUGACUUAA